AGGAGGUCCUGGGUGACUUUGGACGUCCGUUCCUCCUCUGUCGAGGCAGUUCUGAGUUCCGGGCCUUGCGGCAACUCGGUCUUUCCUUGUCCCGCGCGGGAGGCCUGUGCCGCAACCAUGUUACGCCAGAUCAUCGGUCAGGCCAGGAAGCAUCCGAGCUUGAUCCCCCUCUUCAUAUUUAUUGGGGCAGGAGGUACUGGAGCAGCACUGUAUGUGUUGCGCUUGGCAUUGUUCAAUCCAGAUGUUAGUUGGGAUAGGAAGAAUAACCCAGAACCUUGGAACAAACUGGGUCCCAAUGAUCAAUACAAGUUCUACUCAGUGAAUGUAGAUUACAGCAAACUGAAGAAAGAAGGUCCAGACUUCUAAAUGAAAUGUUUCACUAUAAAGCUGCUUAGAAUGAAGGUCUUCCAGAAGCCAUCCGCACAAUUUUCCACUUAUCCAGGAAAUAUUUCCCCUCUAAAUGCACGAAAUCAUGUUGGUGUAUUGUGUUGGGGUUUACACUGAAUAAUAAAUAUCUGAAACUUGA